AUGGCUUCAUCGACCUCCCAGCCCCAAGCAGACACCCUCAUCCGCGCCGGCACAAUCGAAACACUCCAAUCUGGCAUGCCACCACAGCGCUCCAUAGCCCUCCUCUCUGGCCGCGUUAUCGCUCUCUCCGAGGACCCAUCCGGCUUAGACGACUUCAUUGGCAGCGAGACCCAGAUCAUCGACGUACCAGACUCCACAGUCCUCCCCGCAUUCACAGAUACGCAUACACACUUGAUUCUCGCUGGAUUGACCUACUUCGACGUCCCAGUGCACGAUGUCAAAAGCCUGGAUGAACUCUUCACAAGAUUGAAGAAGCGGGCGAGCGAGACGAAAGAGGGGGAGUGGAUUUGUACGGCGACGGAUUGGUUGGAGUAUAAUAUCAAAGAGCAGAGACUGCCGACGUUGAAGGAACUCGACGCUGUUUCGACUAAACAUCCCAUCAUGGUUAUGCGCGGUGGUCACAACGUUGUCGUCAACUCGGUCGUCGCGAAUCUGCUAAACGUAACACGCGACACCCCAUCACCACCAGGCGGCCUCAUCGGAAAAGAAGCAGACGGAAGUCUAUCCGGUCUCUUCCAAGACUCCGCCACCAUACCCAUCCUCAAAUUGAAACCAUCCACAACCCUCUCCGAACGCAUCUCCGGCCUAGAAGCCGCAUCCGCCGCCUACGCCGCAACAGGCACAUCCAGUGUGCGCGACUGCUACGUCCCGCUCGCGGACCUAGACGCCCUCAUCGCCACGCACUCCGCCGGAAAACUUGCCGUGCGCGUACAUGCCUUGAUACCCGCCGUAGGCAUGACCAGCGCCUCCCAAGUCGAGACCCUCCUCACCAAAAUGGAGUCUUACCGCCACCUCCAACGCGAUCCCUACCUCUCCGUCUGGGGCGUCAAAUUCAUGGUCGACGGCGGCAUGGAAGCAGGCGCCGUCUCCUCUCCCUACCUCUCCAUCCCGCCCGGCCGCGAAAAAGACGCAAAUUGUAAUUGCUGCGGCCUCCCCUCCUACCACGGGAUGCUCACGUGGGAGAAACCUGCGCUCGUAGACGCCAUGACCGCGGUCGUGCGUCGAGGCUGGAAAAUAGGAACGCACGCAUAUGGCGACCGGGCUGUGAAAUUGGUGUUGGAUGUAUACGAAGAACUCAUGCAACGGUUUCCGUAUCUACAGCCUGGGACUCUGGUUAUGGAACACGGAGGCCUAGUCUCACCGGCUGAACAAGUCCGAGCCGUGAAGCUCGGUAUCGCUACGACGAUCCAACACCCACUCCUUCACAACGCGGCGGGGGUACAAGAAGUAUACUGGGGCACGGAUCGCGUAUCUCGCACCUUCCCCGCGCGGACGUGGCUGGAUGCUGGUGCGCUGAUAGCGGGCGGGAGCGACUAUCCUGUUGGGAGUUUUGCGGCUAUGCGGUCGGUUUGGGGGAUGGCGUCAAGAGAGACGGUGAUUGGGGUGAGGGGCGUUGAGCAUAAGAUUACGGUGGCUGAGGCGGUUGCGUUGCAUACUACGAAGGCGGCGGAGCUGCUGAGAGAGGAGGGGGAGAGGGGACGGCUUUUACCGGGGUUUGUGGCGGAUUUGGCGGUUUGGGGGGUUAAUCCGCUCAAGGUGGAUGAGUUGGAGGUGCUCAAGGACAUGAUGCCUAGUCAUAUCUCUGUGGGGAAGAAGUUUGUAGCACUUUAG